GAAACCCUGUCUCGAAAAAACCAAACCAAACCAAACCAAUACAAAAAAAGUUUUCUUUUAAAAGAGUUGCCUUAGUCUCAGUCUCUUUGCAGCAGAACAGUAACCAAGACAAAGAGGAACUGAAAGAUUACAUAGCACUACUGAUUGCUAUAACCUCCUAGCCAAGAUGCUGCUGUCUUUGGGCUAAGGUUGGGAUGCGACUCAGGACUCAUUUUGGGCCAGAAGUAAGGUGAAGAAGUAGCCAGUUGUCAGAUUGUGGGCUCUAAGAGACCUUCGUGAGAGGCUGUGCUGUUGCUGUGGAAUCCCUGUCUAGGGAGCAGUGGGGCUGAACAAACGCUCUGCUGUGAUCGAGUGAAUACAGACGUUUGAGCUGCACGCUCAGUGUGUCACAUGACUCAGGACUCUAGGAGCAAGAGAAAAGACAAAUACACUUAACAUGUACAUUUCUAAUAUUGUUUAAGUACAAAGAGCACCAUAAACAAUAUGAAGGUUAAGGACUAAUCUGGGAAGUGUUUAUAGGGACCGAGGGUUAAUGUUCUUGCCAGAGACUUUAUUCUUUUGUUAUCCAUCUGUUUAUUCGAGAUAAAAUCUCACUAUAUAGCUUAGACUUGCCUUGGAACGUAACCCUAGCUUUCCUUAAACCUGUGAUCCUCUCUGCCUCUAGCUCCCAGUGUUAGAAUUAUUGGCAUGUGUCAUCAGCCGGACCUUACCAGAGACCUUAAAAAUCAAGCAACAGACUCCAUAAAAAGUCAUGAAAGUAAAAUUGACAUACAUAUCUUGCAAGUUGAAGCUAUGUUAUUCUACCCAUCACAUUGCUACAUGCAAAAUAGAUUGUUAUGCAAUGGAGCUGUUGGGAAGGUAUGUUGAUAGAAUUUCCUCUGCGAUGGUUUGGUAACAUAGAAGAAUUUUAUGUGUACAUGCUGUGACCAGGAGUUUCCCUUUAAAUUUAAUGCAAGUAAAUAUUGACAAAAGCAAAGGUAUUUUGUAUAACAUUCAUUAUUAUCCUACAAUUAGGUCAGAAUUGGACCAUGUGAGUUCCUCUUGUGAAAUAAUUACUUUAUCAAUAUAAUGGAACACCAAGCAGCCAGUUACUGUUUAUUGGUAUGGAAUGAUGCCCAUUAUAUAUAUGUAUUUUAGGUGCAAAUAUCAGGUUGUGAAGUGCAUGUCUAAUUUACCACAUUGUAUGACACAUGUAGUGACGUUUGCAAGUGAUGUCCGGAUUGAACAAGGCUGUAUAUAUUUGGUGUAUGUAUGUACCAAAAUGUUUUUAAAGGGCUCGUUAUCUCACUGUGGUCACACUGUGAAGAGUGUCCUUCUUAUGAGCAGACCAGAAGCAGUGAAACAUUCAAAUAGGGCAGGCAGGUGGGAAGGUGAGGAUAGGUCCAGAGGCCAUCCUUCCAUAGCGAUUGCCCUAAGUGGCCUCAGGUGGAAGUGGGCCUGCAUGCAGGUGGAACCCAAGUGUAGGCAGUGCUGGGACUGGAGGGAGGGGCGGCAGGGCACCCCAGGCCGGAAGGGUAAGCGGAAGCGGGCUGCACUACAGACCGGAAGGGUAAGAGGGCGCACUCCAGGCCGGAAGCGUGAACCAGCUGUCCUGUCUGUCAGCUUUCUCCUCACAGCACUCGGUCUACCAGCUAGGCGCCAUGAAGUUUCGGGCCAGGAUCACCAGCAAGAGUUUUCUAGAGCUCUUCAUCCAGGUCAGCGGCACCGUAGCGAGGCUGACGAAGGUCUGUGUGCUUCGAAUGUGUCCUGACAGUCUGUGCUUCUGCCCCACAGGGACACUGGGUGAGGGCCAGCUGUGGGGUGAGGUGAGGCGGGGAGUCUUCCGCCACUUCUGCAUGGAGGGUGUUUCGGAGGAAUUCAAUGAAAUCUAUCUAGAGCUGAAGUCUGAGCAUCUGGCCAGAGCCGUGAGGAAUGCGGGCAGCGCUUCAUCCCUGAAGCUCCAGCUCACCAACAAGCGUCGUCCCUGCCUCACUGUGGUGGUGGAGCUGGCGUCGUGCCCCGGCCACACUCGUGCCAUGGUCCACGAUUUGCCUGUGAAGGUGCUUCCCAGAAGGUGGUGGAAAGAGUACACAGAGCCCCGAGUUCGGGCCUCGGAUGUGAGUGUUUAUCUGCCAGCUUUGAAGACCCUGAAGAACAUGGUGGAGAGGAUGGCAAACAUGGGCGAUCGGGUGCUGGUGGAAGCAAAUCUAAACGGCAAAAUGAACUUGAGUGUAGAAACUGAUGUUGUGACUAUUAAAAGCUAUUUUAAAAAUCUUGGAAAUCCUCCAAAGUCCGUUCUGGGUGUGACUCAAGGUAAAGACCCAGAGAACAUGGUGCAAGUGAGGGUGGACAAUAGGAAGCUUCUUCUGUUUUUCGAAGGACAGCAGAUAAACCCCACAAUGGCCUUAUGUAAUAUUUUGAGCAAUACUCUGCUUCAUCUUGUUUUGGUUCAUGAUGAUAUCUCUCUUCAGUAUUUUAUUCCUGCUUCAUAAAUAUUCAAGCAGUCCUAAUUUUCUUAUUCAAAGAGAUCUUAAUUUAAGAUCUUUCCAGAACUGAAACGCUGAGUUAUUUGAAUUAAGAGGCUUCACCCCCGUGGAUUAUGUAUUUAUUUUGUUGAGGGAUCCCUUUGUAAAAUGUUAAGAAACAAAUGGAGAAAUAAUUGGAUAGUUCGUGUGCUUGUUUUUUGGCUUUGACAGUUAAAUUAUAUUCAACUUAGUUGUUUUGGAAAAAAGGAUUAUAAUAAAAUAAAAUAACUGAA